CAGCAGUUAGACAGAGCAUCCCAGAGGAGAGAGCAGCCACACUUCUGUCAACAUUCAUUUGGAAGAAAAUGGCUUACCGAGGCAGCGUGAAACCCUACGUCAACUUCAACGCAAAGCAUGAUGCUGAAAUCCUGAAAAAGGCCAUGAAAGGAAUCGGCACAGAUGAAGAUGCCAUCCUGAUGCUGCUGACAGCACGCAGUAAUGAUCAGCGCCAGCAAAUUAAGGCAGCCUACAAAAAGGCAUAUGGAAAGGAUCUGGUGAGUGCUCUCAAAUCUGAACUGGGGGGUCUCUUUGAGGAUCUUAUAGUGGCAUUGAUGAGCCCACCCACCCUUUACGACGCCACCCUGCUGCACAAGGCCCUCAAGGGCGCUGGAACUAAUGACGACGUGCUGAUCGAAAUCCUGGCCUCCAGAACUGGAGACGAAAUCAAAGAUAUAAUCAAAGUGUACAAGAAAGAGUUCAGUAACAAACUGGAGAAAGAUAUCUGCGGUGACACAUCGGGACACUACCAGAAGCUCCUGGUGAUCCUGCUCCAGGGAAGCAGGGAGGAGGAUGUGGAUGAAGGAAAGAUUGAGAAAGAUGCUAAGGACUUGUACGCUGCCGGUGAGGGGAAGUUUGGCACAGAUGAGGAAAAAUUCAUCAACAUCCUUGGCAACCGCAGCACUGAGCAUCUGCUAAAAGUCUUUGCCGCCUACAAGAAGAUUGCUGGCUGUGAUAUUGAGGAGAGCAUCGAAGGCGAGACCACAGGGAAUUUGGAGAAUUUGCUCCUUGCUGUUGUUAAAUGCACCAAAAGUGUUCCAGCAUUUUUUGCUGAAGCUCUGUACCACUCCAUGAGGCGUGCAGGAACUGAUGACGAAACCUUAAUGCGGAUAAUGGUGUCUAGAAGUGAAGUGGACAUGCUGGACAUCAGGGCGGCAUUCAAGAAGAAGUACGGAGCAUCUCUGUAUACCACUAUCCAGGAGGACACGGCAGGCGAUUACCAGAAGGCUCUGCUGUACCUGUGCGGGGGCCAGGAUUAAUGGGCAGCACUGAGCGAUGACCCACCCGCACACUGCUCCCAGACAAAGCUGCUCCCAGAUGAGGUUAUCGAUUUACAGUUGUUGAUUCUUUAUGACUUUAACAUGUUAUUGAUUGAAUUAGUGUGAAUUACCAUGGCUUGUCAUUUUUGACUAAUGGCAUUAUCUUAGCACAGUACAGUGGCCCAUAAGAGACAUCUACGUAUUGAUUUAAGUUGUACCACUGCUUUUGAAUUUUAUUUGUUCAUAUUGUAUUUAAUGGAAGCCCAAAUCCAUAAAAAGUUGGAUUGGAAAGCGUUGUUAAAAGGUGCCUUAGUAACUUUUCUGUUUGUCUCCAUGGAUAUGUUAUUGCUAGAGUUUCCCACAGUAUGGCAUUAAACUUAUCUUUCUCCAUGGAGACAAGUGAAGUAACAGAUAAGAUCUAUGGAGAGGUGAGUCUGCUCAGAGUAAGAGCACAUGAUUUUCGAGCUAUUUUUAGC